CCUGAUCAGCUGACAUUUUAUAAAUAUAUUUUUGUCCUGACUUCUCUUACGUGCAGGACAAUAAAAAUUGUGGAUCUCAGAAACUGCACUUUGUUUUCGACUGAAGAAACUGGCCUUCAUUGAGGGAGAGAGGAAAUGUGCUAAUUCGUCAGCAACCACCUCCCUAAGCUGAUAUUUGUUCAAUUUGCACUAAAUUAGCGGUGGUUUAGCAAGAACCCUUUGUCUGUGGGACGGUGGUUCUGGCAACCAUUAUUUAUUCGUGGAACUGCCAUCCGCUGGCUCCGCCCGAGCUGGGGGUGGGGAACAAGCAGCGCGUGGAGAGCUCUACUGAGAAUUAAAGUGAGUGAACAAAGAGAACUCCCAGCAGCCGCGCGUCAGCGCCUCUCAGCUGCACCAGGAGACGCCAGUCAGGCCUGGCAAGCUGCUCCAAUCCGCCUCCCAAGGAAAAGAGCUGAAGUAAAUAAUUGAUGGAGAUUGACCGGACCCGAGACAAAGCUUUGCAGGAAACCAAUGCAUCGGAUUUUAAGCGGCUUUGGAGUCUUCUGCCAAGUACGGGAAAGGAGAGUGCAGUAAGGACUCUGAUGAGCGAGGCUGGCAAUCUUCCACCUUGGGCGUGGCUCUGGCCUUUUUGUCUUCUUGUCUCUCAUUCCCUACCCUGUCCCCGGUGGUCUCCACCUUCUCUUUCAUCUUUAAAGUAACCUUUCUUUGGUUACUUCUAUCCUGUCUUCCCUUCAAUCCCGCCCUCUUUCCUGCCCAGUCCAGUGAGGUCAGCUCAUGAAUACCGCUGCACUUCCUGGGGAGAGUCUGGCACAGCUUGGUACCAGGGGUGUUCGCCUGCUACAAGCCGAAGCUCUAGCCGAUCCGGACCGCCUGCAAAGAACCGGCUCUCAGCUCUCAGAGUCUUGAGGUUACCGCCAUUGUUUGGAGAAACCAAGUGGGUGUGGAUCCGGAUCAAGCAUGCUCAGCCAGAAAGUCGCUUAUAAGACUGAGAAGUUGAGCUUUCUCUCAAAGACACAGAAGUAAACCCCAAGGUCUCCGGUCUCCAGAGUAUCAGGAAGAAAGCGGUAUUGAUGUGCAUCAACUUCUUGGAAGCAUCACCUCGGCUGAGAACUUAGAAAGGAAGGUUGAUCGUAAAAAGAAGAGGAUGAUCUAGUGAUGGACGAUUCCAAGUCGCAUCCGGUAGGUUCUUCCUAGACUGCCAUGAGUCAGCCACCGACCGGGGGCGUUGCCCCUGCCGCAACCUCUUCUGCCGCCGCCGCAGCCACUGAGGCUCGUCUGCACCCGGAGGGCAGCAGCAGAAAGCAGCCGCGAGCGCAAUCACCCGCUAGGCCUAGAGACAACUCCCUCCGACAGACAUCCGGGACCACGCGGUCCCCGGUGGGGGCCGGCACGAAACUCAAUUCUGUUCGGCAGCAGCAGCUGCAGCAGCAACAACAACAGAGUAACAAGAUUACCGGCCGCUCGGCGCCUCAGGUGGGCUCCAGAGCCGGCGGAGGCGGGGCGGAGAAGGCGGCGCUCCAGGCGCCCAAAGGGGCUGCUCCGGGAGCUGUCCAGCCCUUGGCUGGUGCUGAAACGGCCCCCGCGGCGACCCCGGGCAUCCUGGGCAGCAGGAGAACCGGACCGCAGGAGGAGCCAUCCCGGGAGACAGAAUCCGUGCCCUCGAAAGUUGGGGAAGCCCCUCCGCUCGGGGAAGGAGGAGGAGGGGGCGGGGAAGGAGGAGGAGCCGGCGGAGGCCCGGGGGACCGGGAGGGGGUUGCUCCGCAGCCGCCGCCGCCCAGGAGCUGGCGAGGGAAAGGCGUCCGCGCUCCGCAGAGGGGCGGCAGCGGAGGGGAGGGGGUCUCCCCUUCUCCACUCACCCCUGCCUCGAGCAAAACCCAGGGCCCCGGCAGCAGAAACUCCGGAAGCGGUGUGGCAGGGGGCGGCAGCGGCAGUGGAGGGAGCUUCUGGAAGGAGGGAUGUCUGCAGUCUGAGCUCAUCCAGUUCCACCUGAAGAAGGAGCGGGCGGCAGCGGCGGCGGCCGCGGCUCAGAUGCACACUAAAAACGGCGGCGGAAGCCGCAGCUCCCCCAUCACCGGUGCUCCUGCCAUUUGUGAGCCCCUUGUGGUUCCCUCUUCCUCCCCAAUGGCGGCGGCAGCCGAAGGCCCCCAGCAGAGCGCAGAGGGCAGCACCAGCCGCGGGGCCAUGCAGGCGGCUGCGCCCCCUUCGUCGCAGCAGCACCCGCAACAGCUCCAGGAGCAAGAAGAGAUGCAGGAGGAGAUGGAGAAGCUGCGGGAAGAGAACGAGACUCUCAAGAAUGAGAUCGAUGAGCUGAGGACCGAGAUGGAUGAGAUGAGGGAUACUUUCUUCGAGGAAGAUGCCUGUCAACUGCAGGAAAUGCGCCAUGAGUUGGAGAGAGCCAACAAAAACUGCCGGAUCCUGCAGUACCGCCUCCGCAAAGCCGAACGCAAAAGGCUCCGCUACGCGCAGACGGGAGAGAUCGACGGCGAGCUGUUGCGCAGCCUGGAGCAGGACCUCAAGGUUGCGAAGGAUGUAUCUGUGAGACUUCACCAUGAAUUAGAAAACGUGGAAGAGAAGAGAACAACAACAGAAGAUGAAAAUGAAAAACUGAGGCAACAACUUAUAGAAGUUGAAAUUGCAAAGCAAGCCUUACAGAAUGAGCUGGAGAAAAUGAAAGAGUUAUCUUUAAAGAGAAGAGGAAGCAAAGACUUGCCCAAAUCUGAAAAAAAGGCUCAACAGACUCCCACAGAGGAGGACAAUGAAGAUCUGAAAUGCCAGCUGCAGUUCGUUAAGGAAGAAGCAGCUCUCAUGAGAAAGAAAAUGGCCAAGAUUGAUAAAGAAAAAGACCGGUUCGAGCACGAACUGCAGAAGUACCGAUCCUUCUAUGGUGAUCUGGACAGUCCUCUACCCAAAGGAGAGGCGGGCGGGCCUCCCAGCACCAGGGAGGCCGAGCUCAAACUGCGGCUACGGUUGGUUGAAGAAGAGGCGAACAUCCUGGGCAGGAAAAUCGUGGAACUGGAGGUGGAGAACCGGGGCCUGAAGGCAGAACUGGACGACCUGAGGGGCGAUGACUUCAACGGCUCGGCCAACCCCCUCAUGAGGGAGCAGAGCGAAUCCCUAUCGGAGCUGCGGCAGCACCUGCAGCUGGUGGAAGACGAAACAGAGCUGCUCCGGCGGAACGUGGCGGACCUGGAGGAGCAGAAUAAGCGCAUCACGGCGGAGCUCAACAAGUACAAGUACAAGUCUAGCGGCCACGACAGCGCGCGGCACCACGACAGCGCCAAGACAGAGGCCCUGCAGGAGGAGUUGAAGGCGGCGCGCCUGCAGAUCAACGACCUGAGCGGCAAGGUCAUGCAGCUGCAGUACGAGAACCGCGUGCUCAUGUCCAACAUGCAGCGCUACGACCUGGCCUCGCACCUGGGCAUCCGCGGCAGUCCCCGCGACAGCGACGCCGAGAGCGAUGCGGGCAAGAAGGAGAGCGACGACGACUCGCGACCUCCGCACCGCAAGCGCGAAGGGCCAAUCGGCGGCGAGAGCGACUCGGAGGAGGUGCGCAACAUCCGCUGCCUCACGCCCACGCGUUCCUUCUACCCCGCGCCCGGGCCCUGGCCCAAGAGCUUCUCAGACCGGCAGCAGAUGAAGGACAUCCGCUCCGAGGCCGAGCGCCUGGGCAAGACCAUCGACCGGCUCAUCGCAGACACGAGCACCAUCAUCACCGAGGCUCGCAUCUAUGUGGCCAACGGGGACCUGUUCGGACUGAUGGACGAGGAGGACGACGGCAGCCGCAUCCGAGAGCACGAGCUGCUCUACCGCAUCAACGCGCAGAUGAAGGCGUUCCGCAAGGAACUGCAGACCUUCAUCGACCGCCUGGAGGUGCCCAAGUCCGCGGAUGACCGCGGCGCGGAGGAGCCCAUAUCCGUGAGUCAGAUGUUCCAGCCUAUCAUUUUACUCAUUCUCAUCCUUGUAUUAUUUUCAUCCCUUUCUUACACAACAAUAUUUAAACUUGUCUUCCUUUUUACACUGUUUUUUGUACUGUAAAUCUUUCAUCAUCUACCAUUCAUUGUAGUGUUUUCAGUUGUUUUAUUUUGUCCACCAUUCAAGACAAGAAGUAAAAGAAGUAUAAUUUCUGUAGUAAACAAUGCUGUAAAAACACUGAAGACUGCAUAUUUCUGUAAAAAAGACACAACUCAUCUUACCACUACCAAAUUCAAAAAGAAACUCCAGCACCAAAUAUUUCAGGCUUUAUUUUAAAGGCAAGUGAGAUUGCUUCAAAUAAAACAACUCCAAGCUUCAAAGAAACAGUGAAGAGAAGGCAGAGACGAGCAGAAACACUUUGCUGACACACAGUUGCCAUGGACCUGCAUAAGCAGUGGGAGAACACAGGGACCAACUGGCAUAAGGAAAAGAUGGAAUUACUGGACCAAUUUGACAAUGAAAGGAAGGAAUGGGAAAGUCAAUGGAAGAUAAUGCAGAAGAAGAUAGAAGAG